AGCUUCUAACCAUAUAAAAAAAGAGACCAGCUCAGCUCUUUUGCGCUUCACUUAUUCUCUCUCUGUCUCUGCGCCUUCUUCUCUAAAGAAAGAUACCUUUUAUUCUCCAAAGAGAAGUGUGGCAGAUAAUCAAAAGGGUUAUUUUUUUGGUCCUUUUUGAUGAAAUGGAUUCUAACGGUAAUACUGACAUGGUCGCGCCAUUCGUCGCUAAAACUUAUCAGAUGGUCAAUGAUCCGACGACUGAUGGUUUGAUCACUUGGGGUAAAGCUAAUAAUAGUUUCGUAGUCGUCGACCCUGUGAAUUUCUCUCAGAGGAUCUUGCCUGUUUUCUUCAAGCACGGCAAUUUCUCUAGCUUCGUUCGCCAGCUCAAUACUUAUGGAUUCAAGAAAGUGGAUCCAGAUAAGUGGGAAUUUGCGAGCGAAUGGUUUCUGAGAGGGCAAAAGCAUUUGUUGAAGAACAUAGCGAGGAGGAAGCAUAAUAAAUGUAUUGUUUCUUAUGUAUGUGUUUUAACGAUGGAUUAUGGGACCACUGGGUUUGGCGUGGACGGUCAUUCUGCAUUUCUGCCCCCAUCACCCUGUUCUUUUUCCUAUAUGGGAAGGGCAGUGGCAGCUGUGGACAUUGAACAUCCACAUGGAACAGUAGGACGUGACAGUAAAAGAUUGAGUGUUCUUCAGCAACAUGCUUCCUUUUUUGAUCAAAACAAAGAUGGGAUCAUUUAUCCCUGGGAAACUUACAUAGGUUUGAGGAAUCUUGGUCUGGGUCGCUUUGAAAGCCUUUUUGCUGCAUUCAUCAUCAAUCUAGGAUUGAGUCAUUCCACACUCGAGGGAUGGAUACCAGAACAAUUUUUACCCAUAUAUAUUGACAGAAUUCACAAAUGCAAGCAUGGCAGUGAUACAGCAACGUUUGACACUGAAGGAAGGUUCAUGCCAAUGAAUUUUGAGAGCAUCUUCAGCAAGUAUGCUCGAACUGUGCCCGACAAGUUAACAUACGAUGAAGUGUGGCACAUGACCGAGUCAAAUCGAAACCAAUUAGACUUCCUUGGCUGGAUAAUCUCAAAGGGCGAAUGGUUGCUAUUGUAUCGAAUUGCAAAGGAUGCACAAGGUUAUCUAUCAAAAGAAGCAAUAAGGGGAUGCUUUGAUGGGAAUUUGUUCGAUUAUAUUACCAUGAUGAAUAAGCCUAAAAGGAAUUAAGCUCCACUGUUUGAACCACUGCAUGCUGCCUGU